AUGAAGCUGGUGAUUCAGCGUGUGACUAGCGCUUCGGUGCACGUGGAGGGCAAGGAGAUCUCGCGGAUUCGCCAAGGCCUGGUGAUCUUGCUGGGCCUUUGUGAGGGAGACGACGAAAAGCUGGCAGAGCGCCUGGCGCAGAAAGCCUGCAAGUUGCGGCUUUGGGACGCCAGGGAUGGUUCUAAGAGCUGGGCUUCUUCAGUCCUGGACAACGGCUUCGAUGUGCUGGUGGUGAGCCAGUUCACCUUGUUCGCGACUUUCAAGGGCUUAAAACCCAACUUCAAUCGCGCGCUGCCCGGAUCAGAGGCUGAAGCCAUUUACGAGUCCUUCGUGGGCUCCUGCCGAGAACUCUUGGGCGACAGCCAUGUGGGCACUGGAGCCUUUGGCGAGAUGAUGCAACUGGAGCUCUGCAACGACGGCCCCGUAACCGUGGAACUCGAGACCCCACGCAGCGCGGUGCGCGGAACUCGACACCGAAGGACUCAGCGAAGAAGGAGACCGUUCUGCCUGGCAGGAGCGGGCUUCUUCCUCGGCAGGCAGGGGAAGCAGCUUUGUGCUUUGGCGGCUUCUUUGCAAAGCCCCGCAGGUGGAGCGGCUUGGUGCCGCUUGGCCGAGGCCCGAUUUUCAGCGCCAGUGCAGGCGCAGACCGACUACCCGGGUCAAUUCCAAGGCUGGGUCCCUGUGGAUGAAAGAGGUUAUGUCUUAACGGACUGGGCACGCCAGGAGGCCGAGCAUUUGGAGGCCCGUCCCCAAAGGCAGGUUUUCCAUGCCAAUCGAAGGGAGCCGGGCUAUGAGGGCGUCGACAUGCUGAACCAAGCACACCUCAUGAGCCUCAGCUCCAUCUCACCUCAAACCUCGCAGUUGCAGCCCAUGGAUCAAGGCUCUGCCCGCUCGGACGACAGCGGUGCGAUUCGGAAGCACCUGGACGACCUAAGAGUUGAAGUGGAGCAGUUGGAGGCCACAGUGAAGGAGCUCCAACAGCAGGCCCUCCCAAAGACGGAUGCGGCCAAGCUCACUGCCACCGGGGCGGCCUCGAUCAACGUGGGCGGCGAUACCGGCUUCGUCUUGAGCCGUGACCAGUUCGAGUGCUUCCCAAAGAGCUUGCUGAACUCGGUGUGCACGGGGCGCUGGAGCUCUCUCCAUAGCCUGGACCAAGAAGGGCGCAUCUUCCUGGAUUUGGACCCCGCUCAGUUCCGCAGCAUCCUGGACUGGGCCUUCGAGAACGCCGAGCGGGGGCCGGAGCGUCCACGGCUGCUGGCGGAAGCUUCCGAGCCGCAGACCUGGGGCCUGGAGUUGUUGAUCCGCUUCCUCGGUCUGGCGGACGAUCGGACGAUGGAGCCCAAGGUGAAGAUCGACCCGGAAGAUGGCACGGUGUGCACCUACCCGGAGGUCCUGUGCAAAUACGGCAAGGACUACACUGGGGACGAGAUCCGGGACUACUGGCUCUACACCAUGGACCAAGCGCGAAAUGCCAUGCCCUGCUAUCGCCCUGUGGUUUUUGCUGGCGUGCCCCUGAGAGAGCCCGCUCAGCAGCACAUGGAUCCGUUGUCCUGCUUGCUGGCGGAUCACAUUCGUGCGAUCCAGGACGAAGGUGCUGAACUCCGGCAACGGCGGGCACAAGCGCAGGAAGAGCUUGAAAGCUUGGAAUCCGAGCGCACAGGACUGAAGUUGCUGGGUGGUCGAGCAAGCCGUGUCGACGAGCAGCCGCCAGACACUUGGCGUCUACUUCAACGCUGCCGGCCGCGUCUUGGCCACGAGCCGGGCGACGCUUCUGCAUGGCCGCAUGGCUUCUUUGAUGGACCGGAUGGUGUGGCCGCCGCUACAAGCGGCGCUACGGUGGUGUAG